GGGUAGGGCGUCGUAGGGGCAGAACGAGCGCCGCGACGCCUCGACGCGCACAGUCGCGGCUCGAACGCCGUUGCCUGCGAACGUGUCGUCCUCGCGGUCCGUGCUCGUCCACUCGGCGACGCGGAUGAUAUUUCGUUGGUGUUCGCCUCGAUCGCCUCGCGGUUACUGAAUGAAAAGAGUCGACCAGGACAGAGGGAGCGAGGACGAUGUGAACGCGAUCGCGAUUGGACUCUCGCCGGCAAGGAGACUUUCUUUCUCUUUCUGUUUCUCUCUGUUUCUUUCUCUCCCUCUCUUUCUCUCUUUCUCUUUCUCUCUCUCUCUCUCUCUCUCUCUGUCCGAGGAGAACACUGAAGAGAUCGAUCGGAGCCGGGUCUUGAGACACGAAGAGAGCGAGCACAUGUUCGGUUCUGAUGAGCAGUGACACGGUCGACGCGCGCGUCAAAACAGUGCUUCCCGUCGCUUUCCUCGGAGGAGAUGGCCGACGACAGGUGAUCGACCUUGUGAUCGAUGAUCGAGGGACCCUGGGCGUCAGGCGCCAGUGUUCAGAAUCGUGUACGCGAGCGUUCUGAACGCGCGAACGCGGCAGCGACUGGGUGAUCGAGAGGAGAACUGCAGAUCUCGUCAGAGUUUCCCACCGAUACGGACGAUACUGGUCGCAAUGAGUCGCGAGCACGUGUGUGAUUUCCCGCAGUCUAGUCACAAGUACGCGCCGUCUCUUGUCGUAUUUGAUAUCUCACGCUGUACCAAAUUGUAGAGCUUAUAGAGCGAGACCGUAGACGUGUCGAUUCUAUCGGUGCAGAAGAAGAAAAAGAAGAAGAAGACAAAGUAAGAGGGAAGGAAAGGUGACGACCGCAAGUUAAUCGUUUAGCACUUGUUAGCCAGAAAUUAAGACGUAACGGUCAAUAUAACUCGUUAGAAUACGGGAAAAGAGAAAACGAAAAAAGACACUCGACACGCGCGUCUCAACACAUCUGUGAUCUCAAUCGUGAAUAGAGACAGUCUCAUGUUAACGCGCUAUCAUAUCGACAGGCAUCGUAACAUUCGCGGGUGGUCUCGCAGUGACGUAAAACUGUUCAGGGAGACAAGUUAUAUUGACACUUGAAGACCGUCGGCGUCUUUCUUAUUGCUAUCUGACUCUCUCGACUAACGAGUGUCGGCCGCGCGCGCACUGACAGUAUCGACAGCCACGAAUUUGUGGGGACUCCAGAGCUAUACACGCGACAUGUCACGAACGACUGCGGCUUCCGAGGCUCAGGAGAAUUAUUGAGGCCCCGCAAGGGAAUGGAUUUUCAGAGCGCGAUGGACACUUUCGUAGAGGCAUGGGUGGCCGCUAAGACGGACCAAGUACAGAGCCAAGCUUUGGCAUUGACACACAAGGCCUCGCCACCAUCUAGACCUAGCAGCGUAUCCUCGUUACCGAGGAGUCCUCAGUCUCAUCAGUCUCAACAGUCUCAGCCGCAGAGCACACCUCAGCCCACGCCGGUGCACCCGCUACAGUCUCAGACACCUCUGAGCGCACCACAGACACCGUUCUCCGCGCACAAUCAGCACCCAAAGCAAGAAAUCAACGUUAGCCCCAAGCAGGAGGGCUUUGAUCUCAGCAAAACCGCCUCCAGCACAGCGAAAAAUCUGCCGGUGCAUUGUGUGGUGGAGACGAUUCACAAUAUUGUAGAAAGUCAUGUAAGCAACAGUCGCGAAAAAUGGCGAAGCCCACAGGUGGAGACGGACUCUUACGUUAUCAUUCCGGUAGCUAUGCCCUUUCAGGACUUGGUGGGCGAGGCGCUCGUUCGUUUAGGGUAUUCCAGCGAUCUGAUACCGAGCGCCCGAGGGAGCAUCGUUAUACGAAACUGGAAACCCCUGCCGAUGGAAAAGGUCGCCGAUGGGCCGUUGCUGACGGUGGGGGACAUUCUGGCCGAACUGACGUCGGUGGCGACCCUGAAAAUUCAGGUGUACAGAUCCAGGCCGCCACCCCCCAGUCCAGCCGCUGAAGUUAGAAAUAAAUUGCUGAGGUUGCUGCUGUUACACAGCCAUACGCUACUCGUUUCCGCCGGAUGCCCCUUGGACGAGAUGACCCUGCUAUCCCUCUGCCGAGGCGGCAAUGAUCUCACAGAAGAGACAAAGAGGAACUUCGAGACGUGGUUGCAGCAGCAACAGAUAGGUCUCGGGAUAAACCCAAUAGCACCGACUUCUAACCACCAUCAUCAUCACACGCAGAGCCCGCAACCCGACAGCGGCGGCUCGAUCACGCCCGGCAGCGGUCCCAUCGGCCCACCGCAUCCGGCGCUACUCCAGUAUUCGCACAAGACCCGAAUGAGGACCAGCUUCGAUUCAGAACUCGAGCUGCCGCGUCUUCAGCGUUGGUUCGCUGAGAACCAGCAUCCGUCGCGCGAGCAGAUACAGCACUACGUCGCGGAAUUGAACUCAUUGGAGUCGCGCCGUGGCAGGAAGCCGUUGGACGCGAACAACGUCGUAUAUUGGUUUAAGAACGCGAGAGCGGCGCAGAAGAGAGCCAGCAUGAACGGAUGCAGCCCGCCUGGGCUCAGCCCGAGGGGUGCCAGCAUCGUCAGCGAGGAUUGCACUGACGAGGAGGACGACACCAGGCAGCAGUCGACGUCGGGGUCACCCUGCCCUCCGAGCAGUCCACCCGUCGGUCCCUUGUCCUUGACUACGAGACCAGAGGACCAACAGCCACCGUCGUCGACCCCCUCCUCGGUGAAGCAGGAGGACGCGAGGGUGUCCUCCGGUUCAGAGGACGACGAGGCGAGGCACACGGGCCCCAUCCCGCCGGGAUUCUCGCUAGUGCCAAGUCCCAUGUUCGGCCACGGCAUAAUGUACAUGUCGCAUUAUCUGCCGCCGCGCGGGCCAACCGGCUGUCCCACCAGCAUGCUGGCCGACGAGAGGAGGAAGAGAAACCGGACGUUCAUCGAUCCCGUGACGGAAGUGCCGAGACUGGAGUAUUGGUUCAAACGCAGCACUCACCCGAGCCACGCGCUCAUUCUAUCGUACACGGAGGAGUUGAACAAGAUGCCGUAUCGUCAGAAGUUCCCGCGUCUGGAGCCGAAGAACGUGCAAUUCUGGUUCAAGAACCGCAGGGCCAAGAACAAGCGGCUGAAGAUGGCUCUGUUUGAAGGCGAGUCACCGCAACAGCAUCCAUAUCACGCGGACUAGUUAAUUUCAUUAAAUAACGUUCACUAGAAAAACGCGAGGAACAAACGGCGGAUAUGCGCGCGCGCGCGUUGGCGCGAGGAAAUAAAGGGAAAUCGUUAAUCGACCUGUUACUCCUUACUACCGUUGAUACGCGGCUUUAACGCUUUACGGGCCGCACAUUCAUUGUAAUUAUCACGUAAUAAUUAAUAUAAUUAUUAUGGACUUUCAUGAGAGUGUAAAUACGAGAUGAUGUCGAAUAAAAGCUAUACAUCACA